UUGGCUUUCUCUUAGAUGAACUUUUUGAUGGCGCAGCAAACCUUGAAGCCCUGGCGCGGCACCCUUUCGCCAAUUUUGUGGUGCAGCACAUUUUCGAGCAUGGCAUGCCAGAACGGAAAACCAGAUGCUUUCAAAUGCUCCUGCCCUAUGUCUUACAGCAUGCUACCCACAAGACAGCCAGCAACGUUGUGCAGCGGAUGCUGGAACAUGCCGACGUGAGUAGCCAGGCGCUGAUUGCAGACGCCUUCUUAGCUGGGGAGGGUGAAGAGUCACUCGAAACGAUUGCGGCCACACGCUAUGGCAGCUUCGUGAUCCACUCUCUGGUGGACAAGUUGCAUCCGCGCAUCGACGCCGUGAAGGCGCGCGUGAAGGCGGCACAGCCGCAGCUCUCGGAGUCCAAGUUUAGUCAAAAGAACAUUUUGGAUUUCUUAGGUGAGGCCUUCUUCGACGAUUGAGGCGGGGGCCGAUUUGCUCCGGUCUAUGAGAUUCGAGUGCAACUCUUCAAGAGGGGCCCGGUGACGGUUUUUUGAGCCGGAAACGACUGCAGACACCCAGGUCGGCGCCAGAAC